AUGGCGCUGCCGCUGCAGCCAGCCUGGCGGGAGCCAGCUAAGCGACGGCUGCCUUCCAUACACCACGGGAUGCUUACAGAAGAUGUAAGGGCUCCCUGUUCCUCUCCGCCCAAGAUCAAGGCACGCCGUCUAGAGUGCAGCCCGGAGGCACUCGCCAAGACAGCACGUACAGCAGAAGCGCCACAAGCUCGAGCUAAGCAUAUCCGGGAAAGAAGUCCCCUCUCUUCCCCUCUUAAGAGGCGCCUACAUAUGCCUGUGAGCGCUGAUGAGAAAAGCUCUCCCUCUCCGAAUGCAUGCGCAUCUGCUGGUGAUACGAAUGCAGCGUCAGCGCUGGCGGCAGAAAUCAGUGACUCCUCGAGCAGCAAAAUGCUGCAGUCUCCCGUCCGCUUGCAUUUUCCUCUCACCAGUAGCGGAGUUUCACGUGCAGCACCUGAACUUCCACCCUUUCCUUCGGCCGUCCCUCAGUGUGUUGCCCCUGGUGCUAGUGCUGGAGGGUCUUCUGAUACUGCUGCAUCUCCUCAGAGGCAUUUCGCUGCAGAAGUUGGGGGCCCACAAGGGGUUUCAACUGGGGGCGGGUAUGGCGCACCAUUAAACCUCGAUGCACGAUCUUUCCUCGCCACGGCAGCAGCUGCAGCUGCUGCUGCUGCAGCAGGGCCUGGAAGUCCUCAGGGAGCUGCCACAGCAGAUGCACGGCAACAGCAGCGCCCCUCAUUUCUCGACGAUCCUGCUUCUCCAUUUAGUACUGGCAGGCGCCGCAGGCCUCCACCUGUUGCUGAAGUUGCUGCUGCAAGUGAAGCGGUAGCAAAAGCAGCAGCCACCCCGUCACCAACACGACGGCCUGCUGCUGGUGCUCGAGGAAUUCCUCCAACGGCCGCCCAUGAGGACUCAAUGGACCACAAGGUAUCUCCUGUAAGCAGCCGAAGGCGUGCCUCUCCCUACCACUGCAACAGCUCCAGGGCAGAAACAACAUACCUUGAAAACGAAGCAGUCUCCCCCUUCCUACUCACACCUCCUCGAAAGAAGCCUCAAUUCUCCUUUGAUGGCGAGCAUGGCGCCCAGUGCUUGCAACGGAAACAUUCGGGAGAGCAAGAAUCAGCAGGAGAUUGUGAAAUGCGCCUAACACCACAGGAGGUUGCUUCCAUGCAGCAACUUUUUUCUGAGCAGCAGCGGCUCAGCGGGCGGUUCCACUGCAGUGCCCUAGACACAUGUGCUGCAGCAGAAGCCCCCCUGGCUGCUGUCAAGCUGAAUAGACAGCUUGAACGUCUUUGCCGUCUGUAUGGGCUGUUGAGAAUCCUGUUUGACCGCUUUUACGACCGCGGGGAACCUUUGUUGCUUUUUUCGGGUAUUCUUCCAGCGUACACAAAACUGGCCUUGACGCACUAUUCCCGUAGCGCCACAGAACCCGACAUUGGUUCGGUCAAAAGUAACAGCAGCAGCAGCGUGGUUGGCUAUACGUCAAGCGUCAGCACGGGUAGUGGCAAAGUGAGGAACGAUCUGAUAAAAGAUGUGGGGCGGCUGGUGUGGCUUCUUCCACAGCUGCUGCAGUGGAAGCCACGGAAGCCGAGCGGCAGUGCAAUUGCGCCAUCAGCGGCUCCCCUAAGCCCUCUGCGACGGCAGCAGCAGAUGCACUACGACAUACAGAUCGUGGAACUGAAGGAUGGGAUUCCGCUGUCAUCUCGCGCGCGUGACGGGGAAGAGAGACAGCAGAAGCUACGCCAGCGUCUGGUAGCGUACACACUGCAGUGGCAGAAUUGCUGUCUGCAGCUACAACAGCAGCACGAGAUGCGGCAACAAGUAUCAUUGCUGCGGCGCAGUAGGGAGCUGCUAAUACAGCACGCAAGCUGGGUACCCGGAUUUGACGUGGACAGUGUCCCAUCUCCGCCUGCCGCUGCACCUCCUGAACCGCAGCAGGAGCAGCAACAUUUGCUGCAACCCCAACAAGCUCCAGGAGCCUUCAAGGGCGAGUCCUUAAUCGGACAUAUUGGUGGCAGUCCUAUUCGUUGUGUCAGACAGCAGCAACAAGAGCGGCGUGCAACUGGAACACAACAUGUGCAGAUGCAGGAGCAAAAGAAGCAGCAAAACAAGCAGGUGGAGGAAACAGAGAGCGGCAAAAGCGCCACACCUGUUGCGACCACUUCUGUUGGCGGCUUCUCGUCAGUUAGUACUUGCUCAACAAGGCAGUCCUCGUCUCCACCAGAUCUUACCAGGGAAUGCUCAUCUCCAUCGCUGCUGUCGUCGCCUCUCACUCGGGGUCGGCAACCCACGAGGCGUCCUUCUCUUUUUAUGCCGUCUGUAGGAAACCGCAGCCCAAGUCCUUCUUUGGUCAGGCGCUCCGUGUCAAACAGCACCAGCCCCACCAGGAGUCCUGUUUCGGAACGACUGCGCCGCAAAACUGAAGAGCGGAUGACUGCGCGCCUGCAGCAAGAAGCAGCGCAACAGAUACGAAGGGAACUCUAUGAGAAUGUACAACGACUUAAGGAGGUUCAAAUCGUUCUACAGUGUCUUCUCGAUGCAUGUUUAUACCAAGACCGACGCUCUCGCAUUGACGUGAGGGUGCUGACGGAUCUCUUUGUCUCUAGAGUUCGGACGCCUUUGCCUCUCUCAGCCGUGGAGAGAGCUGUGGUAUUUUUAGAAGGCAUCUUUCCCGCAACCCAUUUGUCAGUGAAGAAGGUGGUGGACUCCAAGCUUCGGGAGGCACAGGAGGCGGCUCUCGCUGCAGAUGCAAAGAAAGGUCUUGCGCCGCUUGAAUAG